AAGAAGAGCUACCAUACAAGAGUGGUCGUGAACACGAAACGCAUUCCCCGCACCCCUUUUCGAAGGGUUUGGUUUUCAAUUUUCAUCGUUCGUCUCAAGUCUGAACUCAACUCUCGGUCGCACACACAUAGUCGCGGUUUCGGGGGCGAAUCGACAUGGCGAAGUUAUCGUCUUCGUCGUCGAACUCUGAGAAUUCCCGUGAGCUGGUGUGCGUCGGAACGCUGGAAAUCGCCACUCCCAAACCCGUCGGUUUCCUCUGCGGCUCAAUCCCCGUUCCCACCGACAACUCCUUCCACUCCGCUCUUCUCCCCACGCCCCAAACGGUGAGUGCUCCGCGUUACCGCUACCGGAUGCUCCCAACUGAGACCGACCUCAAUACGCCGCCGCUUCUCGCCAAUUUUCCUGAGAAGGUUCUUCCUGUUGGUGCUGUGCACUCCAAGACUACUGGAGGAGAUUUUCCUUGGGAAGGCACUGCUGUUGCAUCAAAUUUCAAUAGAAAAUGUGAGGCCCUUGCAGUGUCUGGCUUGGUUGAUUAUGGAGAUGAGAUUGAUGUCAUUGCCCCAGCAGACAUUUUGAAGCAGAUAUUUAAAAUGCCAUAUUCGAAGGCUCGAUUAUCAAUUGCUGUUCAUCGCAUUGGUCAUACUCUUGUUUUAAACACAGGGCCAGAUGUUGAAGAGGGAGAAAAAUUGAUUAGGAGGCAUAACAAUCAAUCAAAAUGUGCGGAUCAAUCUUUAUUCUUGAACUUUGCUAUGCACUCAGUCAGAAUGGAGGCAUGUGAUUGUCCACCAACACAUCAUGUUUCAUCAGAAGAGCAAUCAAAAUCUUCUGUACUUCCUGGAGGAAAACCACCCCAUAUUGUGGUACAGAAUGAUGAUGUUGUUCAAGCUGAAGGAUACAAUUGCCAUUCUGAGUACUCACAGGUUGAGAAAGAAAGCUUUUAUUGGGGAAGCAAGAAGAAUAGGAGAAAUAAGAAUCAUAGUCCAGUCAAAAAGGUGUCACAAGUUGGUGAAAAACCCAGAUCAUCGAUGCAAGAGUCUGAAAAGCAAAGAAAAGUUGGAAAUGAUAACUUCCUUAGGAUUUUGUUCUGGCAGUUCCAUAACUUCCGCAUGCUCUUGGGAAGUGAUCUACUUUUAUUCAGUAAUGAAAAAUAUGUUGCUGUGAGCUUGCAUUUAUGGGAUGUCACACGACAGGUCACACCUUUGACUUGGCUUGAAGCAUGGCUUGACAAUGUCAUGGCAAGUGUGCCUGAGUUGGCUAUAUGUUAUCAUCGCAAUGGUGUUGUUCAGGGGUAUGAACUUUUGAAAACCGAUGAUAUUUUUCUUUUGAAAGGGAUAUCAGAGGAUGGGACACCUGCAUUUCAUCCUCAUGUUGUGCAGCAAAAUGGUUUGUCUGUUUUGAGAUUCCUUCAGGAUAAUUGCAAACAGGAUCCUGGAGCUUAUUGGCUUUAUAAAGGUGCUGGUGAAGAUGAUAUACAACUUUUUGAUCUUUCCGUUAUUCCCAAAAACCGUUCGUCAGAUGAUAGUGAUGAUGCUUCAAGGUCCUUGCCAUCGUCAAUCAGUAGGGGUAGAAGUGAUGCAGUAUAUUCGUUGGGAACUCUCCUCUAUCGAAUUGCUCACAGGCUUUCUCUCUCAAUGGCUGCUACAAAUAGGGCUAGGUGUGUGAGGUUCUUUAGAAAGUGUUUGGAAUUUCUGGAUGACUCGGACCAUCUGGCAGUACGAGCAAUUGCUCAUGAACAAUUUGCUAGGCUGAUUUUAAAUUAUGAUGAUGAGUUGAAUUUAACAUCAGAAUCUCUGGCCCUAGAAUGUGAACUAACUGUUACUGAAGCCAAAGAGUCUUGGGAUGCUGAAAACAGCAAUUCUGAACAAGGUGCCCAUGAGGUAUUUUAUCUGCCUGCUGAUGAGAAAUCAGGUGAACAUGGAAAUAUGAUUGAGAACUUAGAAUCAGAAUGUCCUGCUAAGAUUGUUUCUGAAGAACACAAACCCACAUCUGGGGAACUGAUAGCAGUCAGUACCACAGGAUUGAGCAACCAAAGAGGGGAUGAACCAAGCUUGUAUCCUGACGUUAGCUCUUUGGUUUGUGAAGUAUGUCCAGUUUCCACACCUGUGGUUCAGACAGUUGCUGAUCCAAUCUCGUCUAAGUUGGCUGCUGUGCAUCAUGUUUCACAGGCCAUUAAGUCUCUGAGAUGGAUGCGACAGCUUCAGAGCACUGAACCAGAGGUGAUGAAUCAAUUUAAUGAAAAUCACGAUAGACCAUCAUCAUCUUUUAAUGUUUCUGUCUGUGCCUGUGGAGAUGCUGACUGUAUUGAAGUUUGUGACAUUCGAGAAUGGCUUCCAACAUCCAAGUUAGAUCAUAAGUUGUGGAAGCUUGUUCUUUUGCUUGGAGAAUCGUAUUUGGCACUUGCAGAAGCUUAUAAGGAGGAUGGCCAACUAAAUCAAGCUUUAAAGGUCAUACAACUAUCAUGUUCUGUUUAUGGAUCAAUGCCUCCACAUCUUGAGGAGACAAAAUUUAUUUCUUCAAUGGCUAGUGGUUCAUCCUUACAGAGAAAACUCAUUGAUCUGAAUGAAAACACAUGGCGGGAUGAUGUAAAAGAUGAGACUGUUAAUGGAUAUACUGAAAGAAAGUCUUCUACUUACCUCUUCUGGGCCAAGGCGUGGGCACUAGUAGGUGAUGUUUAUAUUGAAUUGCAUAGGAUAAAGGGUAAAGCAAUCUCAGUACAAGAUCUGAAAAAACCUGCAACUGCAACCAGAGAAUUAAGAAUGUCAUCUGAGGUUGUGAAGGAAGUUAAAAGGCUGAAGAAGAAGUUGGUUCAAAUGGACCAGAACUGCAGUUCAUGUUCCUUGGUAAAUUGCAGUUGCCAGAGUGACAGAGCUAGCAGUGGGAACAGUGCAAGCAGUAGUAGUGCAGGUGCAAGCUCCAUGGCUCAUGGUAGAAAGCAUAGUAAACGAUUGUCUGCUAAAAAUGCAAAUUACUUGCCUCCAAAAGACCUAGGAGACGAGUUCAUUCAUGACAAGGAGAAUAGAAAAGAUUUUGACAGCAAAUACAUCGAGCACAGUAAUAAUGGCGGAGACCUGAAUUUGACAGAUAAUCUUGAGAAUGGGGUUGAACUUAAAUCUUUGGAUGCUAUAAACACUAGAACCCUUGAGGGAUCCUCAGAGAUGGGCGCCUCAUGUUCUAGUGUUGUCUCUCAAACUGAAAAUAAUUCAAAGGAAACAGGUAAAGUAAAAAAUGGUGGGAUAUUUGAGUACCUAGUUGAACCUCUAGCGGGAGAUGUAGAGUCCAAUCUUGUAGCUGCUUUAAAGUGCUAUGAAGAAGCUAGACUAGCAUUACUUAAACUUCCAACUAGUAUGUCUGAGUUACAAUCCGUGGUUAAAAAGAAAGGGUGGGUUUGCAAUGAAUUGGGCCGAAUCAGACUUGAAAACAAAGAGUUAAGUAAGGCUGAACUGGCAUUUACUGAUGCUAUAGAUGCAUUCAGAGAAGUUUCAGAUCACACCAACAUAAUAUUAAUAAACUGUAAUUUGGGCCAUGGCAGACGGGCUUUGGCUGAGGAGAUGGUAUCUAAACUUGAGAAUCUAAAACUACAUGAUAUUUUCCAUAAUGCAUACAAUCAUGCAUUGGAAACUGCAAAACUGAAAUAUAUAGAAUCCCUUAGAUAUUAUGGGGCAGCAAGGUUAGAACUGAAUGCCAUCCAUGAGGAUGAUGAUUCUGUGACAAGCAGCUUGAGGAAUGAGGCACAUACGCAGUUUGCUCACACAUAUCUGCGGCUUGGAAUGCUUUUGGCAAGAGAAAAUUGUACGGCAGUUUAUGAAAAUGGAUCGCUGGGAGAUACAAGUGUAAGUCAAACCAAACUCCAUGACAGAAAAGCCAGGAAAGAUAUGAGAAAGCAUGAGAUUUCAGCUAAUGAGGCCAUUAGGGAAGCCUUAUCUGUGUAUGAGUCCCUUGGUGAACUGCGCAAACAGGAGGCUGCAUAUGCUUACUUCCAAUUGGCUUGCUAUCAGAGAGACUGUUGUUUGAAAUUUAUGAAUUCUGGCAAUAAGAAAAGCAUUUUGCCAAAAGGAGAAAAUAGUGCUGUGCAACGAGUAAAGCAGUAUGCAUCUCUGGCAGAGAGAAACUGGCAAAAAGCCCUGGAAUUCUAUGGCCCCCAAACUCAUCCAAAUAUGUAUUUGACUAUUCUUAUGGAGAGAUCAACUCUUUCAUUAAGCCUUUCAAGCCAUUUACACUCCAAUGUGGUGCUGGAAUCAGCUUUGGCUCAUAUGCUUGAAGGACGCCAUGUUUCAGAUACAAAUGACGACACUUUCAGUAUUAGUUAUCCUGAACUACAUGCAAAAUAUUGGAGUCAAUUGCAGAUGCUUUUGAAGAAAAUGUUGACCACAACCCUUUCAUCAAGUGCAAACAAAUCUCCCAGUCAACCAUCUUCAACAUCUAGCAGAUUUGGAGAUGGUGGAAAGAUCAGGGAGCUCUACAAGAUGUCCCUGAAGGGUACUGAUAUGGCCCAAUUGCAUAAAAUGUACACCUUGUGGACAUCAUGACUGACAGGAACUCCAUGCUGACAUUCCCCUCUUGCUUAGAUCAGAUCAAAGUAAAUUCUUUCCCGCUUCUUUCUGAUUUUUGUCUUAAUAUUUGUUGUUGUUGGGCUAACUGUUUUCAAGCUGAAACUAGAAAGUACUUAUAAUGUGGUUGUCCUCCUGUAGUAAAUUUAUGUCACGAGGCUCUCUAA